UAAAACGUCGCAAACUAGGGUUCAAGGACAGAAAACUUUGCUGCUGAAAUCGCUGGAGGCAACUGUGUGAUUUCUCUCACAACUUCCCCAAUCUUCUUCCAGCAGCCAUGAUUAUCUCAGAGAAGAACCGUAGAGAGAUCUCCAAAUACCUCUUCCAAGAGGGAGUGUGCUACGCGAAGAAGGAUUACAACUUGGCCAAGCAUCCGUUAAUCGAUGUGCCAAAUCUACAGGUUAUCAAACUGAUGCAGAGCUUCAAAUCUAAGGAGUAUGUUCGCGAGACAUUCGCUUGGAUGCACUACUACUGGUACCUUACAAAUGAUGGCAUUGAGUUCCUCAGGACUUAUCUUAACCUUCCAUCUGAAAUUGUCCCCGCUACACUGAAGAAAUCGGCUAAACCCCUUGGUCGUCCCAUGGGUGGCCCUCCAGGCGAUCGUCCACGUGGACCACCAAGGUUUGAGGGUGAUAGGCCAAGGUUUGGCGACAGAGAUGGUUACCGUGCUGGACCUAGAGGUCCACCUGGUGAGUUUGGAGGUGAGAAGGGUGGAGCUCCAGCUGACUACCAGCCUGCUUUCAGGGGUUCUGGUGGAAGACCUGGAUUCGGCCGUGGAUCUGGAGGUUUUGGUGGCGGUGCACCUACUAGUUCAAGCUUCUCUUAGAUUCCUGCCAUCUUAGACUUAGUGGUUGUUUCAAUUUUGAAAUCAGAUGUUGAAAUCACUUUGGAUUUUCAUUUUCUUGUUAAAACUUAAUAUUCCAAGCAGGGUAAUUUUAUCUUUGUUGAUCUUUAGAGAACUAUAAGUUUUGUUCUGUUCCUUGUUCGUUUGUGUCUUUUGAGAUAUACUUUCAAGUUAUUCCAAUGUGACAUUAUCAGGUACUUUAUAUAUUGUUGAUGGUUUUAAUCCUA